CGCCCAUUUACUCGGUAGACGACCAGCGCGGCGGUCAAUGGAACGUUGUGCAACUUGUGCUUGUACUUACUACGGAGUCGCAGCCACCGCAACCAUGAAUCCUCCUCAUAUUCUGAUUGCUCGCAACUCUCGGGGACCCAACUCUGCCAAUCCGUCGGCCUCUCUGAGCUCGCCAACCGAAACGCAUGCCGCCGCUGCUGGUAUCUUUCGGUCGGCAGGCUCGCCGCCGUGGUACCUGGAGGAGUGCGAAUCGGACGAGAUGGUCUCUGCCCUGAGCCUCGACGGAGACUACGAGGACCCUAUCGAAAUCGACGAGACGUUCACAGAGAACAGCCGCUUCCCGGGCACGGUCAAGAUCAUCGUCGAGUCGACCACCUUCUGGGCGCACAAAGAAGUGCUCUACUUCGCGUCCUCGUUCUUCCAGGCAGCCUUGAGCGGCGCGUGGGCCGAAACUGGGCGACCGCAGUCCACCGUCUCCUCUGUGAUCACCAUUUCGCAGCCGCCGAGAGUGCCCAGCAGACAGUCGCAGAUGGAGAGCUCGCCCGAGAUGGCGUUCGCUCCCCAUGACCCUGACCUGGACCCGGAGGACCUCGAUAUCGACGCUGAGCCCGAACCGGACCCUAGCCCGGGUGACAAGGCGAAGGCUCGGGAGGACAGCCUCAGCAAGCUCGAGAGUACCGGUGCGUCAUCCUCCGCAACGAGACCGUCAGAGGGAGACAAGGGCAAGGAGAAAGCCGUGGGUCUCAAGGAGAAGCGGCGCAGACAGGGCAAGAAGCCCGACGCCAUCAUCAUCCUCAAAGAGGAGAAGGCGUCCACGUUCCACGACUUCCUCAAAUUCGUAUACCCACACCUCGUCUGCACGAUCACGUGGAACAACGUCGAGGGUCUCAUGAACAUCUCGCACAAACUCCACGUUAGUUCCCUCGAGCGGGAAUGUCUAAACUUCCUUCUUACGCACGCCGCGGGCCGGCCCAUCAAAGCAAUGCGCAUCGCAGAACUGUUCGGCGAGGAAGAGCUCUACCGCGAAUCCAGCCGUUUCGUGCUCGACAACCCUGGAGGAUGGGGCGAAGAGGAGCUUCGUACGCUCAGCCAGGAGACGUUGCUCAAGCUCGAGAAGCGGAGGACAUGGUUUUUGGAACGCGUACUCAAGCUAGGGCUCGUACAGGUCGCGAAAGAAUACCAAUGCUGUGCCACAUGCCCGGAACCGGCGAACUGCGCGCGCCUCCUGGAGGAGAAAUGGAGGCAGGCUUACCAGGCCGUCUUCCGCUUCGGCCCUUGCCAACCAUCGAUGGUCUUCCGCUAUCUGCGCACAUUGGAAGGCGUCAGCCCUCCCUUGUCCCUGACCCACCUGAGUUGCCAGACCACUGCGAAGGCGUUCAUCGCUACCCUCUUUGACCGGAUGUUCGCGCUAGGUCUACGAGGCGGAACUGACGCGCCACCUCUGGGGACGCGCGUCGCCGCCGUUGCAGGUGCAUCCACAGGACCGCGGCGCCACUUCCUAUUCUGCACGCUGAACGACCAGCACACGCACCGCAGUAAGCGUUCCCGCGACUUGCUGUCCUAAAGCAAUACCCUGUUUGGACGUCGACUCCCCCGACCCGUUCCCUUCCUCUCUGCGAUCGUGUUCAGCGGAAUUUAGU